ACUCGCAUUGUGACACGCCAAAAUUUUCUUCUGAGGGUGUUGAUGUGCUGCCGGAGAUAGUGCGCGGUGGUGAGCAGGCUGUCACCGUAGACCUGAAGGAUGGUUUUUAUCAUUUUCCGAUCAGGGCUGAGUUCCGAACGUAUUUAGGGUUUCAGUUUGGCGGUUUUUGGUGGGUGUGGUGCUGUCUACCGUUUGGCUUGCAAUGUUCGCCGUUUUUCUUCCACAAAUGUAUUCGUGUUGUCGUCGAGUAUUUGCGUGGUCCUACUCACUCUCUAUCCCUGAUGGCAUAUGUGGAUGAUUUUUAUCUUUGCUCGUCAAAAACACGAAUUCAGGAGGACAUGCGCGUACUGUUGGAUACCCUCAAGGCUCUAGGGCUUGCGGUUAAUUUUAAUAAGUCCUGUCUCACGCCGUCAGAUUCAGUUACGUAUUUAGGGUUUGACGUUCACUGUGCGUCUGCGUCUCGACCGCCUUUGAUAACAGUUCCGAAGGCUAAAAUCCGCAAGCUAAAACAGGACAUUUCGAGGUCACUGAAACGUUCUAACGUGUCAGCUAGGGUGCUGGCUCGAAUGGCCGGUCGUUGCGUUAGUAUGCUCGCCGCGGUGUUCCCCGCAAAGUUGAAACUUCGCAAUGUGUACCGACUUUUGAAUUCCAGGUCGUCUUGGGGGUCGCUGCUGACGUGGUCCCCCGGAGCCAGGGACGAUCUGUCGUGGUGGGUGUCCUCUCUGGACAGCUGGAACGGCCGGCUGCUGGUGCCGCCAGCUGCUUGCGAUCUGCAGCUCGCCACCGACGCCUCGGGCUCCGGCUGGGGAGCCGUUCUCUCGGCGCACAGUUGUCAGCUGGCGUCCGGGUUCUGGGACUAUCGGCUCGACCGGAUGUUCGGGCCGCAUACAGUGGACCGGUUCGCGUCGUUCAAUACGGCGCUACUUCCCGCCUACAACAGUCGGUUUGCCGACCCCUGCUCGGCGGGGAUCGACGCGCUGGGCCAGACCGAUUGGGGCGCGGAGAACAACUGGGUGAACCCUCCGUUUCGUCUAAUCUCGAGGGUUCUGGACAUCGUGGAGGCACAGCGGGCGGUCGCGACGCUGAUAGCACCCAUGUGGCCGGGGCAGCCGUGGAUGGCGCGGCUCCGCCGGCUGUCCACGGCGCCGCCGCUGCGGCUGCCGCCGGUGACGAGCUCGUGUCUCCCCCUGGCCGAGCAGCAGGAGAUAGAGCCGCGGCGCAACUGCCGCUGGAGUCUGUUCGCCUGGAGGAUAUCUGGCGCGAACAGCUAGCCGCUCGUGGUUGGUCUCGGACAGCGAGCAACUGUAUGCAACUGAGCCUGGCAGGCAGCACGUUGCAAACUUACGACCGUUACAUUCGUGAUUUGUUCACAUUUUGCAGCGGCCGGGGAGUUUCUUUUCCGCCGGCCGAUCCUGCAGUGAUGGCUGACUUCAUGAUCCACCGGUGUGGCUCCUCUUCUCGUCCACGCUCCACUGUCCGGUGCGUGUCUGCCGCCGUAUCUGCGCUGUAUGAGGCAGUGGGUGCUGCUAACCCCGUGCACGACCCGUUUGUUGCUCGGUUGUUGCAGGGUAUUGUGAAGAGUGGCACGCGCGCGCCGUUGGCCAGGUCGGCCGUCAUGGAUAUUUCUGCGUUCAUGCGUCUGUUUCGUGCCUGGUCAGGUAAUGACGACCUGUCCGUUAAACACCUUAGGUUGAAGACCAUUGUUUUGUUAGCUUUAGCGUUGAUGUUAAGACCGUCAGACGUAGCGCCACGGGCUAAAACGUACGACACUAACACAGACCUUGUAUCUUCUUUUGUGAUGUCGACUGUUCAGUUCUUGUUCGGAGAGGACGGCUCUCUCCAGGUUACCUUUUUGGGUGUAAAGAACGACAGCCAGAGGACGGGGUUUCAGGUUACCCUGCCCGCCUGUCCGGAUCCCCAGGUAGACCCUGUGGGGGCGCUCAAGUCGUAUUUUGCGCGUACCGACUCAGUGCGAUGUCCAGUGGAGAAGCCGGCGUUUUUGACGCUUGUUAAGCCCUUUACCGCGGUGUCUGCUAGUACGGUGUCUCAGAUUCUCCGGGAGGCGAUUUCGUUGGCUGAAAAGUUUGGAUUGGCACCAGGCCAUCAGCCGAAAGACUUUAGACCGACGGGCGCGACGCGUGCGGUGCAGCUGGGCUUUGAUACUGAUGACAUUCAGCGCCUAGGGCGAUGGAAGACGCGAUCAGUGUUCUUGGACCACUAUGUGCACGGUGAGGUCGACCGUGCGUAUACUGACACCCUCUUCUCCUGAGCGUCGCUCGUUAGACGAUACAGUUCACACGGGGUACUGUGCGCUUGGUUUGUGCAUUCAGUUUCGCUGUUCUCGCUCAGUUGGUGUGUUUUUCUCUCCAUGGCGGUAUUGCUGUUUUGUUUACUUGUUUAAUACAUGCUGUGGCGGGUCACUGUAACGUUGGUUUAGCAGAAACCGUAGUUACGUGACCCGCCGACAGGUGGGACCGGUGGCGUUCGCCCUGCCCGCCACCGGCAGUGCGUGCUCGCUUUCGUUAGUGGAAUUGUGUGGACUAGAUAUGUCGGGCCCGGUGGUGGGCUGAUGGGUUUGUGCAGGGAGUUCAGAGGCCGAGAGCGGACGUGCUAUGUAUUGCUGUUUUGUUUACUUGUUUAAUACAUGCUGUGGCGGGUCACUGUAA